AUGGCUUCUUCAUCACAGAAUCCCUAUGCUCGAUCUCCAAAUCUGUCCACCAGAUCGUACGACUCUUCUUCAGUCUCGUCCGCUACGUCGCCUAGGCCUUCGUCGCAGUAUCUUGCCGGAGUAAUGAGCGCCAACCCAAGAUUAAAUGCGGCGCCGACGCCCCAGCCGAUUGGCAUCCCGCAUCUUCCUUCAGUCAGCCAGGGAUUCCAACCAUACACCCCAAUGGCUACGUCUUCGUCCCUGGGGCAGGAGUCCCUUGCCUCGACUGAUUCUGUAACGAGCACCCCAGGCCCUUCAAGCGCCCAUCUCCCCGGCUCACAGGGACAGAAACGGGCCUAUCGCCAACGCAGAAAGGAUCCGAGUUGCGACGCCUGCCGGGAGAGAAAGGUCAAGUGUGAUGCCACUGAGACGACGAGUUGCUCCGAGUGCUCCAGCCGAAAUGUCAAGUGCCAGUUUACCAAGGAGACAAACCGGCGCAUGUCGUCGAUUAAGCAGGUCCAGGAUCUGGAGAAACAGAUGGAACGGGUAAAGAGGGAGAACAAUGGCUUGCGGCGGAUGCUCCAAGACAAGGACGGGUCGAUGGACUUGGACAUAGAAGCGCCAGAUCAACCAGCCCCUCUACUACCAGCCAUAGGAUCAGAACCGAAGCGACGAAAACGACCAGCACCUGUCCCGGAGCUGGCCAGAGCACGAGCGAACGUACGGAACUUCUCGAAGGGUGUCUGGAAGCCUCCGGCGCAAUACCGCACUCCAGGUCUGGCGUCCUUCAACCCCCCAAAGCCGGAACUUCCUCCGCGGCACGUCGUGGACCAGCUACUACACGGCUACUACACUUCAUCACAUGCGAUGUUUCCGAUAUUACACUUCCCAACAUUCCGAGCGGCAGUUGAAAGCCUAUACUCCAGCAGCGGCUUGGCCAGGGCAUCGCCAACAUGGCUCUCACUCUUCUUCUCCGUCCUCGCUGCAGGGAGUCUGUUCGGCGCUGCAUCCCAAUCAGCCUCGUUCUACCAGCCUGCUGAGUUCCUCGAAAUGGCAAACAAGAUGCUUGACCCUUGGAACGACGACUUCGGACUGGAUAACGCGAGGGCGCUAGCUUUGAUUUCCCUCUGCCUCAACGAGAUGAAUUUGAAAUCCGCAGCAUGGACAUGGUUGGGCAGGGCAGUCCGAGUCGGCCAAGACCUUGGGCUUUACUCUGAGUCGGGGCCGUGGCCAGUGAUCGAGGGCGAGAUGCGCCGGAGGACGUGGUGGACCAUCUACAUCCUGGACAGGACUCUCGCUACCGAGCUCGGCCGGCCAGUCUUGAUCGACGACGAGGAUUGCGAUGUUUCGUUGCCUGCAGGGGUAGACGAUCAGUAUAUUCAUGAAGGUGGCAUGCUGGUGCCCAACGGUGCAGAGCCACUAACGCAUUCGCUGCUUGCUGUUAUCCACGUUGUCAGGUCUUACACGGCACUCCUCGCGGCUCUGACGCCACCGGCAUUGUCAUCGGUCCAACUUUCAACUUUCGAAGAGCAUUUCAAUAAGUGUCUCGGCACCUUUCCGCCAGCUUGCGAUCCUUCUAGCACCGUUCCCCUGGCGCCUCACUUCCUUGCGCCCCUAGCAUAUCUCUUCCACGCUCGAAUGCUCCUCCACCGACACCACCUUGAUCCGGGCUACCCCCUCGAAGCCCGACUUGCCUCUGUAGAGAGCUGCACGCACGUGGCCCUUGAGACUGCCUCUCUCCUGCACCGAUCGAACACUUCGCUCCUCGCCGACGGGGCAACAGCCCUCCUCACAACGCACAUUUUCCGAUGUACUCUAUUUCUGCUUCUCACAGGGUAUCUAGAACACGCCACCACGUGUAUCAGAGCUCUGGCUUCGAUAAGCACACGGAGAGAUGUUGCAACUCCAUGUGGCCGAUUCCUGUCGUUCUUCGUUUCCACCUUGGGAACGAAGAAGGCUGAAUUCGCCAACUACCUAUCCCGGAGUGCACCCCCUCCCCCCUUUGGCGCCCCACGCCCGUCGAUCGAUCACAAUUCUAUCCUCCAAAUGCUGUCGCGAGAUGAAGAUCUGCUAGCAUACGUGUCAGCGGACCUCCAAGCAUCCCCAGACGCCUCCUGGCUCUGGGCCGGUCUGGGGCGUGAGGCACAACUUCCCCCGAUUUCCUCCCCCGUGAUAUCGCAGGCCGCAGGAGCAAGCAGUGGUCUCGUCAGCUCGGAGACGCGAACAGGCCUAACAGAGUCGGAGGACAGAGAAUGGGGCGGAUGGGCGAGGCUUGAGACCGCCAUCCGUGGGCUGGACGUUGCGGGAAACGUGACGCCCACUCCCACGCCCUCAAACCCAACGUGGACGCUGCCCCCGCCGAUCAAGAGCGAGACGCCUGGCCCAGCGGUGGAAAUCCCUCGGCUAGGCGAAGUCCCACGCUUCGGAUCCGAAGCCCCAAGGCUGGGAGAUGCCAGCGGAAGAGCGAGCCCGGCAACCGGCAGCAAUCAGAGCGCGAGCGGGAGCGCCCCUGGGAACUCCAAGGACCGUCUGAGCAUUGCAAACAUAAUCUGA